UUAGGCAGCACUACUCAUUAGUCGUCAAAAUUAACCGGAAGUAAUGCGUGUUCUGCUGUGUUUGACCUUUACAACAUUAUCAGUUUCCCUUCAUAGAAGAGAAGCAGUUUUCCAUUUUGACUGUCGUAUAUUUUAGUUUACACAGUUAUAUAAUUUUGUUUCGAUUGGGCGUAUUGGUGGUGUAUUAUCUGUUGGACUAACUACCGUUUGGAGCGGAAUGGCGGAGUCGAGCGCCAGGUAUCAGCAGCUGCCCAACGAGGACGACAGUGAAGGGAGCCCCCAGGUUGCAGCUGAUGCUCCUCCUCCAUACAGCAGCAUCGCAGCGGACAGUGCUGCCUACUUUGACUACAAGGAAGACGGGGUUUUCCCUAAGCCUCCAUCCUACAACGUAGCAACGACGCUCCCUUCAUAUGACGAAGCAGAAAGAACUAAAGCAGAGACCUCUGCUCCCCUGGUGACUGGAAGGCAGCAACCUCAUCACAGAGAACGCCUGGAGACUUUUGACGAUAUUAUUCACAGUUCACUGGAGGAUGAAGACUUUGUCACCAGAGAUGAUUUUGAUGAUGCUGAUCAACUGAGAAUAGGAAAUGAUGGCAUCUUCAUGCUCACGUUCUUCAUGGCCUUCCUGUUCAACUGGAUCGGGUUCUUCUUGUCUUUCUGUCUGACCACUUCGGCGGCCGGACGCUACGGGGCCAUCUCUGGCUUCGGUCUCUCCCUCAUCAAAUGGAUUCUCAUCGUCAGGUUCUCCACAUACUUCCCGGGUUACUUUGAUGGACAGUACUGGCUGUGGUGGGUGUUUCUGGUGUUGGGCUUCUUGCUCUUCUUCCGCGGAUUCAUCAAUUAUGCCAGAAUCCGCAAGAUGGCCGACACUUUCUCCACUCUGCCCCGCACCCGAGUCCUAUUCAUCUACUAAGCCCA